AUGGUCCUACGAUUAUUCGUUCCUGAAGGCGAGGACCAACAUCCGCUCGUGCGAAGACGACCUGGCGGCCUCGCUGCACAGCAUGACCUCAUCACAUCACCAUGGAGAGCUUCGCUUGCUGCAGCUGGCUUCACUGGCUUCACUGCGCUUGUCGGCCGCUCACGUCCAGGCAUAUUCCUCCGUUCCGCCGCUUUCUUCAGCGUCGUCGAUCUCUCAUGGACAGCUGCUGGAUUGUACGGGCAACGGGAGAUAAACAGAGGUGUAUUUAAAAUGGAAAAUAUCGCACCGGAGCCUGGAAAGCUGUGGCAAAGGACAACGCGCUGGACUGCAGAGGACGCGACGCUGGCUGGCGGAGCAUUGGGUGUUGUGACGGCCCUGAACCCGCGCGCUUUUCCUGGAGCUUAUGGAAUUUCAAGAUACAUUGGAGCAGUGACUGUUGGAUGCGCACUUGGAUACAAAGCUUCAGAAACCUUCCUAACUCGCAUCCACUCGCAAAUGAUGGGUUUCAUAGAAUCAUCCGAAGAGGUGAUCCGGACGAGAGAAUAUGAGAAGUUGCAGAGCGAUAAAGAAGCGAAAGCUUCGCUAUCUUUUAUCGGCAAACUCGCGUUCAAGUGUCACACAUCUCCAUAUCUACAGAUCCUGCAGAAUCCUUUACAGUUUACUGGGGUAGGAGGAACAGGUGGUAUACGUAGCCGACAGCAGCACGCAAAACCAUUGAGCCGAGAAUCUCAGGGGCCAACGUUGAGCUCAUCGCUGCAAGCAGACACGGCCAAGUUCACCCUCAUGCAAAUAGAGUUCAAAGCAGACGAUCUUACAGGGCCAGACCUCGAAGCAGGUUAUCGAGCAUACAAGGACAGUCUUCAGACGCGGGACGAAAGCGCCAUUCUUGAAUGGCGGGAGAAAAUCCAGAAGCACAAGAAACAAGCAGGAGUUGAAAUGCAGUUCGUGUGGGAGCAUCUUGCGGAUAGGGAGAAGGAAUUCUACCUCCAUGUCGAAGAAGACAGAGAAAAAGACAUACUUCGACGAGAGCUGCAACUACUCAACAACAUGGCUGGGGACAUGAGUAUUAGGCAUGCGAUUCUCGAAUACCACGAAGCAGACGCAGACAAGCAAUUGCGGCAGAAGCGGCAAGCGGAUCAUGUUCAACCUCCCUUCAUAGAAUCCGACAGAUCACAGAAGUUGGCAGCAGCUGCGCAAUACGACUACCAAGGCCCAAUCAUGGUCACCGAGCAAGUGCGUACCAACUGGAUAAGACAAAAGGAAGUCCUACAUCACCUUGAGCAUGCUUUAUUGCAGUACGAAUCAAUACAGCCAGCGGAUGGAUCAAGAGUGUUUGAGCAUCUCAAGCAAAUUCGGCAGAAUGCGGAAGAGCUGAAGAGGAAUGUCGAGGCUACUGAACGGCUGCUACGUUGGUUCGAGGUGCAGGUACAACAGGCCGAAGACAAGACCAAGAGAGAAACAUAGCACUAUUUCGUACGCAAAUUACCGGUGACGUACGCAAACACUGAUGUGUUGGCAAAGACACACCUUGUUCCAUAGCAAACUGACUCGAGGAUGUUUCACUAAUGCAAAGAUACUCUACAUGCCUA